AUGACGAUCUGUACUUAUAAUGCACGUACGCUUGCAUCGGAAGCGGCCAUCGAAAAUCUGAUGAUACAAGGCAAGAAGAUUAAGUACGACGUCAUCGGACUGACUGAGACGAGGCGACGCCACCCUUCCAACGCCGUACAUGAAACUGGAGAACUGUUCUUAGGAGCAUGCGACAGUAGAGGUGUUGGUAGAAUUCGCGUCCUCAUCAACACGAGUAUGGCAAAGAAGUUGGACAUGGACACGGUUGCACGAAGAAGGUUGAAAGUUUUAAAACCACCAAGAGACGCCCGUCUCUUGAAUCUCUUGAAACUCUUGCGCUGA